AUGAAGUCUUCAAUAGCCCUCUACUCUGCACUUCGCUCUCGACUGCCACCAAACAAACUUCUACCCUUUCCCCUCUUGACAGAAUUCUGCCUCCUCAUCGUUCCCCUGAUCCUUUCCACGACUCUCUUCGCCUUCUCACCCAUUCUUCUGUCCUCCAUACUGCUCAUCCCGGCAGUCCUUGUGCUCUUCUUCGUACCCAGAGCCGAAUCUGGAACACCAUUGCCCUCAAAUGCGGACGUGUCGCCCAGGCCAUCUCCGACAAUUCCCUCGAGAGGGCUGAGGAGCAGUUUGGAUGGGGUAGGGGUCGUGGACGAAUCGAAUCCUUCUAGUCCAGCUAGGCAUGUACACUUUGAAGACGAGACGGAGACAAGUAGGCUGGAAAGAAUUAAUAGUGCAAUUGUGACUGGGGGCGAGGAAAAGGGAAACAGAAAAGGAAAGGGUGGUGUGGCGAUUACUCCGCUGCCGGCGCUCAGCACAUAUAGAGCACAUAUGAUGCUGUUGACCAUCAUUUGUAUUCUGGCCGUCGACUUUCCCGUAUUCCCAAGAGAGCUAGCGAAGUGCGAAACUUAUGGUGUAUCGCUCAUGGACAUUGGCGUAGGGUCCUUCGUGUUCUCGCAAGGCCUCGUCUCCGCUGCUCCUCUCCUCAAAGACCCAUCUUACCUCUCCUCUCCACUUCUUCCAAAACUCGUACGAACGACGCGUAAAUGUGCACCCAUCAUUCUUCUUGGGCUCGUACGAGUACUCCUGGUCAAGGGGACGGAAUACCCUGAACACGUCACUGAAUACGGCGUCCACUGGAAUUUCUUUCUCACUCUCGCGACAAUACCUAUCUUGCAAAUAUUAUUGCAUCCUUUCAUUAUGUACAUGCCUAUCUCCCUUCUUGGGGUUAUUGUUGCUGUCGCCGAUCAAGUAUUGUUGUCAUCUGGCCUUACGAACUACGUGCUCAGCGCACCCCGUCAAGGGAUCAUCAGUGCCAACAAAGAAGGCAUCGUGUCCCUCACUGGAUACCUCGCGAUCCACCUUCUCGGGCUCUCAACCGGUACAUUCCUCCUCCCUCCCUCACCCUCGUAUUUCCGUAGGCGUCAACAAUCCUACACGAAAUCCCUCUCUCAGGCGAAAAGUUUCUCUACGUCGAGUUCUGACGUCACGGCUGGAAUUGAGAAGGCCGACUACCUCACCCAUGGGCCGGAUAGCCCAGCCGACUCGUGGUCAGCAGUAGGCCAAGCCGUAGGAGACGAGGUUGGAGAGACAUAUAGGGAGAACGAUCGAACGGCUACAGAGCUCGCUUCGUAUGCGUUCAUAUGGUGGACGCUUUUGGGCGCAUGUUCGUUGUUGGGUGUCGGUGGCGGAGUCAGUCGUAGGAUGGCGAACCUUCCCUACGUCGCGUGGGUCGCAGCGUACAACACCUCCUUCAUCCUUGGAUACCUCCUCCUCGACCUCUACUUCUUCCCAUCCCCGAUGCUCAAAUCGAUAUAUUCACCGACUUCGAAACUGAAACAGCACGGCCCUAGCCAUAAUAGCCCGAACUUCCACAUACCGGGGACGCCUGUGGUGUCGGGCUAUCAACGGCCGACAUCACCCAUCCCCGCGCCACAGACAACGACGCCGAGACCACGGUAUGCGAGACAGGAUAGCGAAGGGAGGCUGUCGGUCGAAGAAUAUCCACAGCCGGUGUUGGUGGGGGGAGGGAUGAGAGGAGGGAUGGUGGGUGGCGGAGGAAGAAAAGGCGGAUUGAGGAGGAUGGCGUGGGGACAGGUGCAGGUUGGGGCACCGACGUUGUUAGAGGCGAUCAACAGGAAUGGACUGGCUGUGUUUUUGCUCGCAAAUCUCGCAACAGGACUCGUCAAUAUGACCAUGUCGACGAUGUAUGCCAGCGAUACGAAGGCGAUGGCUGUGCUUUUGGGGUACUCGGGUUUGGUGUGUUCGGUGGCGUGGGUUUGUAGGGGCAGGAGGCUGUGGGUCUUGUAGAGGUCCCCUCUUUCGGGCUUGUGAGUCUCAUAAUGAAUUGUUUAUUGAUUCUAGGUCGUCGUGCGAGGUCGUACAGACAUUACUGUUGUUUGUGCUUGCGACUGGGUCGCUCUGUCUUGCGUAUUUAUCCAUGGUAAAUGUUGUUUCUUU